UUUUCAUCAUCCUCAGCCUUCAACUUCCUCUCUCUCAAAAUCUUCUCCAAAGCGCUUGUGAUUCCUUUGAAUAAAGAAGAGAAAGAAGUACUUUUUGGUCUUCUUUCUCUUAUAAACCCAUUCUCUUAACCUGCCUAUUUAAUUAAAACUCUAAUUUCUUCCUUAAAUUCUUUUAACAUGGGUGGUUGUGCUAGCAAGCCAAAGACUAGCAUUGAGAAAGAAGUCACCCCUUUGCCUGUUGAAGAGUCAAAGAAGGAGACGACCAUCAUGGCCGUACUCAAGGAAGCGAAGCACGAAAAUGGAUCAGAAAAAGAAAGCGAUGAUCAAGUUAAGGAGAAGAAGAUUGAUGUGAGAGAAAAGAAGGUUGAGGAGGAUAUCCAACCCCUCUCUCUUGGAUGUUUGCUCAUUCAGGACAAAAAAGAAGUAGAAAUUCCAACUGAAACCAAAAAAGAAGAACCCAAAGAAGUAAAGGUUGAGGCAGCGAAACCAAAAGAAGCAGCACCGAAAGCUGCCAUCGUUGCACCGACGACGGCUGAACCCCAAAAACUCACCGCCAUUGUAGAUGCAGCUGAACCUCAAAAAGCAACCGCCGUUGUGCAAGCAGCCGAACCCCAAAAACCCACCGCCGUUGUAGCAGCAGCUGAACCCCAAAAAGUAACCGCCGUUGUAGCAGCAGCCGAACCACAAAAACCCACCCCCGUUGUAGCAGCAGCCGAACCACAAAAACCCACCCCCGUUGUAGCAGCAGCCGAACCACAAAAUGCCACCCCCGCUGUAGCAGCAGCCGGACCACAAAAAGCCACUCCCUUUGUAGCAGCAGCCGAACCACAAAAAGCCACCCCCGUUGUAGCAGCAGCCGAACCACAAAAAGCCACCCCCGUUGUAGCAGCAGCAGCCGAACCACAAAAAGCCACCCCCGUUGUAGCAGCAGCUGAACCACAAAAAGCCACCCCCGUUGUAGCAGCAGCUGAACCACAAAAAGCCACCCCCGUUGUAGCAGCAGCUGAACCACAAAAAGCCACUGCCGUUGUAGCAGCAGCUGAACCCCAAAAAGCCACCGCCGUUGUAGCAGCAGCUGAACCCCAAAAAGCCACCGCCGUUGUAGCAGCAGCUGAACCCCAAAAAGCGACCGCCGUUGUAGCAGCAGCUGAACCCCAAAAAGCGACCGCCGUUGUAACAGCAGCUGAACCCCAAAAAGCGACCGCCGUUGUAGCAGCAGCUGAACCCCAAAAAGCUACCGCCGUUGUAGCAGCAGCUGAACCCCAAAAAGCCACCCCCGUUGUAGCAGCAGCUGAACCACAAAAAGCCACCCCCGUUGUAGAAGCAGCAGAACCCAAAAAAGCCACCGAAGGGGAGAAAACCGGCGUGGAGGUAGAGUCAUUGGUGGAGAAGAUAGCAAAGAUUGAGGCAGCAUCUGUGGCGGUGACAACAAAAACGCAAUGAUUGUUAAAUUGAGGGAAACUAGAGAGAGGCAGAAGAUUUAAAGUAAAAGAACAAAAUGGAUUUCGUUGUAUUUGGAACAAAAUAUUUAAUUUCUUUACCAAUAUUCAUUAAGAAAAUUGCUCAUAA